AUGGGACACAAUACUGAUAAUUGCUGGACCUUGCGCAAGGAGAUUGAACGACUGAUCAAAGCGGGGCAUUUGUCCAACUUUGUCUCAGGAGAAAAUACACAGCCAGAAGCAGUCAAAAACACGGGCGGUGAUUUGUCAAAGGGCAAAGAGCUAGUUGAGGAGUUGGGAGUGCCCGCCGGGUCCUGCUCAUCAAUCGCAGGGAGAUUUGGCGGCGGGCGUGUAUCUAGCAAAGGAAGGAAAAGAUAUGUUGAGGCAGUAAACUCGGUGCACCACGCUUACGAGGGGGAAUGUUGGCUGAAUCAUACUCCUAUUACUUUCUCGCCAAAAGAUUUUGAUCAUGUGAUUCCGCAUGAUAAUGAUCCAAUAGUGGUGACUCUGCGCGUAAAUAACUAUGUUACUAAGAAAGUUUUUCUAGACCAAGGCAGUUCUAGAUACAUCAUAUAUGGCGAUGCAUUUGAGAGAUUGGGCUUAAAGGAGUCAGACUUAAAGCCAUAUACGGGGUGUUUAGUUGGAUUCACAGGCGAUCGGGCCAAGGUCCGAGGCUAUGUGGAAUUGGACACUGCUUUUGGUGAGGGCGAAUAUGUGAAGAAAUUUCAAGUAAAGUAUUUGAUUCUUCCAUGUAAGGCGACGUAUAAUGUGCUUCUUGGACGCGAUACUUUGAACAAAAUAUGUGCAAUAAUUUCAACCGCCCAUUUAACAGUAAAAUACCCAGCUUGCAAUGGAAAGGUGGGGAUCUUGAGGGUGGAUCAAGAGGCCGCCCGAGCAUGCUAUGCACAAAGUUUGGAACUUUAUGGUAAGAAGGCAGCUAAGGAAGCACAUCGCGUCACAGAAAUUUUUCCACAUGAAGAUUUUAAUUUGGAUCUUCGUGAUGAUUCGGAGGAGUUAAGACCUCAGCCGGCGAAGAAACCAAAUCUGUUCACUUAUCUGGGCGUGCUUUGA